CGAUGUUCUCAGCACGCUAUGUACAACAACCAUUUGUGUCCUGUCUCCUUUUAGUCAAGAACCAUAGCGGAAACCAAAUUUUUGAUUGUGUGGUGUUUUUCUACUCUUGCAACUUUAUUUUUGUUGAGGCAUUGAAAUCAAACUGAAGCAUUCACAUAAAAUUGGAAAUUGAUGAUAAAAAUGAAUACGUCUGCCAGAUUUCUUCAACUGAGAAGAUCAUUGAUUGAUUUUCGAAAUUAUUCUCAAGCAUUUCCUCAAGAUGCUCUUGACGAGAGGGGAUUUAAAGCAAAGAAAGUCUUGGAGCUGGACCCUAAAGUCAGCUCUGCCAUUACAAAUGGACUAUUUCAUCCCAGAAAUCAUCCAGGAGUGUGUAAGAAAAAAGUUGAUGAACUCCCUGAAAAAGUCGUGAAUGCCAUGGAAAUUUUGACCGAGAAGCAGAAGAAGUCUCAACUAUCCAAACAAGCAGAUGAGAUGCGUGCAAGACUCUGGGGUAGGCUCAUGCCCCCAGAAAAACGUGACUACAUAGAGAAGAUUCGAGCACAAAAAGAAAAAGUACAGGCAACUUUGCAGGAAAUGGACUUGGAUUUAAAUGAAGAGGCGGCUAGUAAGGUUCAGGAAAAAGUUACCAUUAGGCGCUUACAAGACGUGAUCCAUCCUUGGCAUCCCCUGGGUGUUUCAGAAGAAACCUGUCUUCAUUAUUUUGUUUCUCGAACUGCUGCUGAAUAUUGUGUUCUUCACAAAAUUUUCCAUCAGAUACAGCUGUCUAAUCCAGAGUUUACGCCUAGUACCUUGUUUGAUUUUGGAUCUGGUGUUGGCUCAGGAUAUUGGGCUGCAAAGGAAGUUUGGCAAAACUCUCUGAAGGAAAUUUAUAAUGUUGACACCAAUGUAAAUAUGAAUGAAUUGGCUAGUAAAAUACUGCAGAUGACAAACACAUCGUUUUCACCCAAGGAUGGUGUAUAUUUCAGGCAGUUUCUUCCGGUAUCUUCAGAUCGUACAUAUGACAUUACGUUGAGUUCAUUCACCCUCUUGGAGCUCCCCUCUUUUAAAGAUCGAAUGGAGGCAGUAUCAACUUUAUGGGCGAAGACUGAAAACUAUCUUGUUAUUGUGGAAGAUGGAACCAAUGCAGGCUAUCAAGCUGUUAUUGAAGCUAGAAACCUUAUAACUCACAUGGAAAGUAACAAGAGUUCCAAAGGAGUAGGCGCCCAUGUGGUUGCACCAUGUAUGCAUGAGCUAGUAUGUCCUCGCUUUGUUCAUGACCUCACUCCAUGUAAUUUUGAGGUUUCUUACCUACCUCCAAGGUUUCUUAACAAUAAACAGGAUCGGAUGAAACAUCUCUAUUCAUAUAUUGUACUUAAAAAGGGUCCGAGGCCCAAGGAUGAUUCGCAGUGGCCUCGAUGUGUGAGAGAGACAUUAAUACGGAACAAACAUAUUCACCUGAGGCUGUGCACUGCAGAAGGAACAUUGGAGAAUGUCCUUAUUCAGAAGGCAUAUAAUUGCAGCAAUGCCUAUAAAUGUGCCAAGCACACCAAAUGGGGUGAUUGUCUCCCUGGAAAGGUAAUAGAAUAUGAACAGGAAAUUGCACAGCAGAAGAAAAAGGGACAAACUUAGUGAAAUUAAGAACACCACUAUUGUUAUCCUCAGCCCAAAGGUUAAAUAAAUUAAAAAUAUAAUUUUAAGGUC